AUGCAGACUGCUUCUACAAACAUUUGUGAAGGAAUGGGUUUCUCCCAGGAGCUCAAUGAAUUCAUGCGUGGUACCGUGAUAGUUUGCCAUCUGUGCAAUAAGUACAUCAGUGAAAUUUCCUUGCUACUAAAUAUUCCACAGUCAACUGUUAGAGCCACGAAAAAUGACAGAGCGGGGUCAGCACACGCUGAAGCGCACAGUGCGCAGUAGUCACUAACUGUCUGCAGAGUCAACAGCUAAAGACCCCCAAACUUUGUUUGGCCUUCAGAUUAGCACAACAACAGUGCAUAGAGAGCUCCAUGGAAUGAGUUUCCAUAACCGAGAACCGAGCUGCAUCCACACCUUACAUCACCAUGUGUAUUGCAAAGUGUCGAUGCAGUGGUGUAAAGCAUGCCACCACUGGACUCCAG